GGUUAUACAGGUUAGAGUAACGGCCGACAGAUACUGUACCCGCAUAGAGCUACAGGGUGGAUGUGUUGUUCACAUCGGAGUCAACACAGCCAUGUGUCACCAAGUCUUUCCUUAAUACGACCGGAUGGAGGACUCUAGUUUGUGUCUUGGUGUGUCGUCAGCGGUGCCUGACGCCGAUGCCCAUCUGACCAGUGCAGUGUUAAAUGGCCGCUACCCCAUCAGUCAAAAGCUCCACCAGCUUACUGCCCAGCUAGGACACGCCUUUCCUGACCUGCACCGCCCGCAGCAGAUCCCUGAAGAGAAAGCAGCCACGCCUUUGGACGAGAAGACCCACCACGCGGCCCUGGCCAGUCAACCUAUCAGCAGUCAGAUGGCCCUGCUCGCCAAUCAGCUCAACCGAGACAUUGACGCAGGGGCACUGAGUGGGUUGAACGGGCGUGUUGACCUGCAGCAGUUUCUCAACGGCCAGAACUUGGGCAUCAUGUCCCAGAUGAACGAUAUCGAAGAUGACGCCCGCAAGAAUAGGAAGUAUCCCUGUCCACUGUGUGGCAAGCGCUUUCGUUUUAACAGCAUCCUGUCACUGCAUAUGCGCACGCACACAGGAGAGAAGCCCUUCAAGUGCCCCUACUGUGACCACCGAGCAGCUCAAAAAGGCAACUUGAAGAUCCACCUCCGCACCCACAAGCUUGGGAACCUUGGUAAAGGCCGCGGCCGUGUCAGAGAGGAGAAUAGGCUGCUGCAUGAGCUGGAGGAGAGGGCAAUCCUUAGGGACAAGCAGAUGAGAGGGAGCGGCAGUCUCCUCCAGACACCUCCAACACCCCAUUUGGGCCUAAAUAGCAGCUCCAACACCCAUCAGCAGCAACUAGGCUCAGCCUGUGGCCUCCUGAUUCCCCCAUCUGGCCUUGCCACUCCAGACCCAAUUCCACAACCCUCUUCUUCACCCAAGCUGGCUGGCACCCAGGAUGAUCAGGCCCUCAACCCAACUACAGGCUUCCGCUGCACCUUCUGUAAAGGGAAGUUCAAGAAGCGCGAAGAGCUGGACCGCCACAUCCGCAUACUCCACAAGCCCUACAAAUGUACCCUGUGUGAGUUUGCUGCCUCCCAUGAAGAGGAUCUGAUAAGUCAUGUGGAGAAGGCCCACAUCACAGCCGAGAAUACACAGGGCCAGGGCGCUGGUGGUGCCGGUGGCACGCAGGUGGCCACUGAAUUCCGCUGUGAGGUUUGUGGCCAGGUGUUCAGCCAAGCUUGGUUCCUUAAGGGCCACAUGCGCAAGCACAAGGACUCCUUUGAACACUGCUGCCAAAUCUGUGGCCGUCGCUUCAAGGAACCCUGGUUCCUCAAGAACCAUAUGAAGGUGCAUCUCAACAAGUUGGCCAUCAAGAACAAGCCCCACCAGCCCAGUGAGCAGGACAUGGCUGCCGUCAAUAGCAUGAGCAAUCUAGCUCAGGAAGCUCACGCCAACCUUUACUCCCGCUACAUCUCCUGUCUUCAGGGAGGCUUCCUCUCACCAGACAAACAGGGCCUGAGUGAGCAGCAUCAAAUGUUGGCCAAAGCAGGAAUAGCCAUGAAGGAAAAGGAGAUGCUAGGAAAGCUGCUGGGGCCGAUGGCAGGAGGUAUGGGCCAUGGGCUUGGAGAAAAUGAGAAGCGCUCACUUCUGGGUUGUCUCAACCUUGUGCCACCACUGAAGUCGAGCUGCAUGGAGCGCCUCCAAGCAGCUGCAAAAGUGGCAGAGAUGGACUCCCUCAAUAGCUACCAAGCCUGGCAGAUAAUGGCUCGUGGCAUGGCUAUGGACAGGGCAUUCAUGCCUAAGGAGCAACUCCAGCACCAUUUACCCCAAGGGCAGGAAGAUGAGAUGGGCGGUGCUGGAGCCUUGGCUUCCUUCUCAAAGGACAAACAAGACUACUUGAUUGCUUCCAAUGAUAGCUCCAAGCAGAAGCAGCUCUCGGAGGCCUUGCAGGGAUCCAAGGCCGCUGGCGGAGCCAUGAUGUCCAUGAAGGAGGAUGGAAGAGGCUUUGACAGUCACCGUGAAUUAAUGUCUGUCCACAGUAGUUCCGAGGCUCCUGGAGCCCUGGCUGGCUUGGGAAACCCAAAUAUGGACUACAGCCUCUCUGUCCUGAAGGAGAAGCCUUCAGAAUGCCCCGACUGUGGCCGGGUCUUCAGAACCUACCACCAAAUGGUCGUCCACUCCCGCAUUCACGGCAAAGACAGGAGAGGCAUUGAAGAAGCCAUCCAGCAACAAAGUCUGGACGAACGGCGUGGAUCAGCCAGUGACCCCGAGUCCCAGUCCAUCAGCCGCUCCACCACCCCUGGUUCAUCCAACGUGACAGAGGAAAGCGGAGCUGGAGGAGGACACUCCCAGACAGGAAGCGUCCAGGAUGACAGCCCACAUCCCUCCUCCCCGUCUUCAGAUGUCGGGGAGGACUCGGGGAAGGCGGCGGGGAGCAUCCAGCCGUCCCUGUCCCAGCAUCGCGAGCGGAGCGUGGCUUCGUCCUCCAAGGAUUGCCCCUACUGCGGCAAGUCCUUCCGCACCUCCCACCAUCUCAAAGUCCACCUGCGGAUACACACAGGGGAGAAACCCUACCGGUGCCCUCAUUGCGACUAUGCCGGAACCCAGUCUGCCAGUCUGAAGUACCACCUGGAGCGCCACCACCGUGAGCGUCAAAACGGCUCCACCACCUCAGGCCCAUCCUCUUGCCACACUCCUUCCUCUGACCACAAAGAGGAUCAUGGGAAGGCAACCAGUGGCGGCAUUUUUGCCCGACCAGACGUGCUCCGUAAUGUCUUCAAGAGCAUGCCUCCCAACCUAGACUUCAGGGCAGGUCCCAUGCUGCCACAUCAGUGGGCAUCGGCUGGCAUGAUGUCUCCGCAUGACCGAGAACGUGAGCGCGGAGACCGCCGCUUUGACUCCGCCUCUUCAGCUGAGAACAUGAAGACUGCUGAUGGCCCGUCCGCCCUGGCCCCAACAGGGACAGAUAGCUUCUCUGACCUAAGCAGGGCUUACCAAAGCAUGAUGGGAAACGGGGUCCACUUUCAAGGUUCUCUCCAGGCCUUCAUGGACAGCUUCGUCCUAAGCUCCAUGAAGAAGGACAUGAAGGAGAACCAGAGUUCAAUCCAGCUCCAGGCCCAGUGCUACCAUGACAACGGCGAGCCCAAAGCAAAGCGGGCCGUCUCGGCUGACCAGGAAAGAGAAGACAAGGCUGAAGGCAAACAAAACUCACAGCCUGGUAAACCUGGGUCCCAGUAUGAACCACUUGAUCUGUCUGUGUCAGUCCGGCCUGAGUCUGCAUCCGGGUCCCUCCCUGGCUCUUCAGUCACCAUCCAUGAUAAUGUGGCGUGGCAUGGCUGCCUCUUCUGCUCCUUCUCCACCUCCUCAUUUGAGCUCAUGGCUCUGCACCUCCAGGCCAACCACCUGGGUAAGGCCCAACAGCAGCGGUCUGAUACAGGCAAGGAGCUUCAUGGAGAGAGCUCUCCCACCACCUCCACCAUUCACUCCUCCAACACCAAGACCUCUGGUGUGGCCCUUGACAAAGACGGAGACAGAAAUGGAGAGAAAAGCCACGGGGGCUGGAACAACCACAUGGACCAGCCCUACAACCCCUUCCAGAGUGACUUCUACAGGAGGUUUGGUGGCUUGUAUGAUGGAUCCCAGAGGGUCAACCAGGGCCUCCAAGCGUAUUUAGCCCCAGCAGAGCAGGGUAUGGACCUUCCCACUCAGACCUUUGCUGGAGCAGCUUCAGCUGGGGAUGACCAGAUCGGUGAUAGGGGCUCCCGUGGAGACAUCGAAGAGGACCAGGUCGGAUCAGAUGAUGAGGUUGCAAAUGCCGGGGGCCGCAGGUCCAGUGACACCCCCUCAACCACCCCCAAGAGACAGCAUCAACAGAAUCACUCCGAUGAAGAGGAAGAGGAUGGAGGAGUGGCUGAAGAGGAGGAGGAAAGAGAUGAGGAUGGGCAAAUGGACAUGGAGAGAGAGGAAGACGGAAGUCCGACUUUAGACGGCUUCCAGAACCACUCCAAACACCUCCAAGACAACUCCUCCCUGCCCUUAAGGGGUGGAGGUGGUAUGGCAGCACCUUCCUCCGCCAUAACACCACAUUCUUUGGUUCCCCAAACCAAGAACCAAGCUUUGCCACUGGAGAAGCAGUGGCAGCAGGGCCUGGCCCUCCUGUCUCCUGGAGGUCCCACAGGGCUGUUGAAGACUGAGCAGCACAGCCACCUAGAGCAGCAGAUGAACAUGCUCUCUGUCCUCAGAGCCUACAGCAAUGACAACCUUCCCGCAUUCAACGGCCUGGGAGGCGGAGCACCCACAGGGGGCAUGAAGAGGCCAGAUGCACCUGUGCAUCUCUGGGUAGGAGAGGAGGACCAGCCAAUGACCCACGACCCCGCGCUGACCCACGACCCCAACCAUCUUAACAACGACCUUAACCACCCUAACAACCAUAACCUAGGCGACGCAGAGGGGCUGGACGCCCACGCUGUAAACAAAGACUAACGGCCCCACACCGGAGCAAGGCAGGAUGAUGAGGAUGGUGAUGAUGAAGGCGGUGAUGAUGAGGAGGAGGAGGAGGAUGAAGGAUAAAUGAAGGAGUACACUAUAACAAAGACUUUAUUUAAGAUGAAAAAAAACACAUACUACCGUCAGAGUCAAGAGAAGGUGUGAACUAUAUGAAGGAGAGUUUGGGACAGUUUCCUGUUGGGGACGGCUUUGUGAGAUGCUUGGACACUAAACGCAGUGAGGGCAACGUUCCUGUUUUGUCUCCCGAGGUCUGAAUGCCCCCUUGUCUCUGUUGUCUUCUCUCUUAUAUGAUGUUGGGUUUUUUUUUUUGUGUUCUUUUUGAUGAAACUACCUGUCUGAUUAGCACUUCCUGUAACCGGCACCGCAAAUCUCUGAUACAUUCCUUGAGCUAGAAAGGUGUGUCUUUUUUUUUUUUUUAAGAAAAGAAAAAAAAAGAAGCAAAGUAGGACCGAAGUGUAGCGCUUAAUCGAAUGCUUUCAAAGACUUUUCUCUGCUGUUGAAUGAAGAAGACAGUUAUUUCACCGUUAUAUUGUACCUGGAAUGUAUUCUACUGUAGAAUAGAAACUCGACUUUACCGGGGCUGUUGACAGAGACCAAGCACAUUUUUCUGUCAGAGCGGCCAACCUCUGGCUCUCCUAUCAGCCGUCACAGAGUCAUGACCAUGAUGCAUCACACCGGUUAUGGUUAAAGGACAGGGCACCGUAUGACAAUCUGCAAUGCAAGAAAAGAAAACAUACUCACAGUUGACUUUUGAUGAUGAUGGUGGUGCUAUUGAUGAUUGUGAAGAAGAAAGACUAUUCAAACUGCCCUAAAUGUACUUAUAAUACUACAGUAUACCCCCCCCCCUCUCUCUCUCCAUACCCAGGCCAGUACAGGCCUUCACCCUGCUAUAUGGACCCCUCUGUCUUUUUUUUUCUUGUUCUUGUAUCAUUUCACACAGCGCCCAUAGUUGCGUAAUGUACAUAGAGAGAUAUACAGUAGUUAAAAAAAAAAAAGUGAAAACAAAAGUUUUAAAGCAUUUGUGACAAGGAAAAAGCAAAGAAGUGACAGUAGAUUACACGGCCACGCUCUCAAAAAGGUAGGCAUUCUUCUAGAGUUUGACUGAGAAGAUUUUUCAAAAGAAGAAAAAAAAAGGGAGGAGGGA